AAAGGUAAACAUGUUUUGACAGGUACCAUUGUUGUUGUUGUAGUAGUCUAGUAGUGUGCUUUGAUUGGAUAUUUUGUUCAGUUCUACUGGCUGGCGAAGAUGAAGGAGGAAUACGUGAACAGGAUCAGGGAGAAUUACCUGGAGCUGGUGCAACUGAACGUGACCGAUUCGUUUCUCAACGAGUUCCAGGGGAUCCUCAGCUCGGACAAGAUUGAACAGGUGAAGAACGUGCCAGAGAGGACAAACAAGGCAAGACACUUUUGGAUAGAGCUGCUCAAAUCCCCGAACAAUGCCUAUCCCAUUCUCAUCACUGCCCUCAACAAGGCAGGACAGACCAACUUCAUGUCGUUGCUUGACCCAAAGAAUUCAAUCUUGGAAGAUACUGUUCCGCAGGUGCACAACUCGCCGAAUUACAUUAUCUCGCAUAGGGCGAAACCGUUGGAGGUUGUCGUUAAAAUGUCGAAGGACUUUAAGCACGUCGUCCAGCAGAACGAGCACAUCUCAGUCUAUAAUACAAAAUCGCGGAACAGGGGUCUCGUGAAGAUCAUCAACAUCUUGAAUUUCAAUCAUAACAUGUGUCGAACCGGUUCGCAGUUCGACGUCAGCUCACUGAACAGUCUCUUCAAGCAGAUGGGUCUGGUGGUGGAGACGAACGAUAGGGAUCUCACAGCUCAAGAAAUCAACGAGGAAGUUGAAAAAUUCGUGACGAAUCCGUAUCUGCAGUUAUCUGAUAUUGCGAUAAUGGUGAUAAUGACUCACGGGAGCAGGGAUCACAGCAAGGGCAAGGAAUAUUUGGAGGGACACGACGGAGCUUUAAUUUAUAAGGAGGACGUCGAAAAGGCCUUCUCCAACGAUCGAUGUCCCUUCAUGCAGAACAAACCGAAAAUUCUUAUCUUCCAGACGUGCAGAGGUAAAAACUUGGAUUACGGAGUGUCCAGGGUGCAAUCGGACACGGCUCUAAGUCCGAGCGCGCCUCUCCCGAAAAUCUCCACCCUGAGCGAUCUCCUGGUCAUCAAUUCAACACUAUUGAAUUACGAAUCGCACAGGGAUAUCUACGUGGGCACUUGGUACAUUCAGCUGAUGUGCGAGGUGUUCAUGGAGCACAGCCACAACACGCACGUCGAGGACAUGUGCAAGAUAACGCAGAAGCGACUCCAGGAGCAACGAUCCGGGAACCACAGCAUGCAGACAUCGGAGAUUCGCAACAUCGCUUUCAACCUCUGCUACCUCAAUCCCGGUAUAUACCUGAACGAUGACGGUAUCAUCAAACACUUUAAUAACAAGGAACGCGCUCACUUCUCCACAGAUUAGGAACUAACAAUCAACAACUAUUACUAUUAUCAAUUACUUUUUAUACUUUUG